UGAAGUCAAAUCCAAAUGUUUCGUAAAUUACAAGUUAAAACCGUCAGAUAUGCAACAGGUGCAUAUGGACAGGUCUUUCGUCUUGCCAGCAGCCAAAGCCAAGCUCCAGAGCUGGUUUUGGUCAAGGAAGCGAACGGAGUGCGAGAGAUAACACUGAAUUAUCCUCGCACAUUGAACUCCCUCUCGAUGGACAUGAUGUGUGCCCUACAGAAUGCCCUAGUAAAGGACAAGGAUGAUGUGAAACUGCGCUGUGUCGUGCUCUCGGCAAAUGGCAAAAUCUGGUCCGCUGGCCACAAUCUCAAGGAACUGCACGGCAAUCCGGAUAUUCAGAGGAGUGUCUUCCAGAAGCUCACCGACAUCAUACGAGACAUACAGCUGCUUCCGGUGCCGGUGAUAGGCAAGGUGAAUGGUUAUGCGGCUGCAGCUGGCUGUCAGCUUGCAGUCUCGUGCGACAUUGUAGUCUGCUCCAAGACCAGCAAAUUCUCCACGCCGGGAGCUGGCGUGGGCGUCUUCUGCUCGACUCCUGGUGUGGCCAUUGCCCGUGUGAUGUCGCGUCCCAAGUCUGCGUACAUGCUGAUGACUGGCUUGCCCGUUACCGGAGAAGAGGCGUUCAUUUCCGGCAUGGUGUCCAGGGUGGUCCAGGCGGAGGAUCUGGACCGAGAGAUCGAUGAGAUAACCUGUGCCAUCAAUGCGAAAAGCCGAGCCGUCAUUAGCCUCGGCAAAGAGUUCUACUACAAGCAGCUGGCCAUGCCCUUGAACGAGGCAUAUCCGGCUGCUGGCCAGAAAAUGGAAGAGAACCUGCAAUUGAGCGACUGCCAGGAAGGCAUCGCUAGCUUCAUAGAGAAGCGUGCACCCCACUGGAAGCACGAGUAAUACCUGUAUAUCCUAUCCUUUGAAACUCCUGUAACCCACUAACCAAUUAUGCAUUUAUGUAGUAUUUAGGUUUACUUGAAAUAUAUUUUUUAGCCGCUUGUUAUGCAGUAUGCACUUUGUGUAAA